AUGGCUCAAAAAGUCUUUUCAGAGAUAUUGUCAACUGCAGCCAUUGAUUUGAGGUCGUAUGAAGAGCUAUACAAGCAUUUUCAUGCUCACCCCGAGCUCUCGCUGCAAGAGAAAGCCACUUCUCAAACAAUUGCAUCUCAUUUAUCCAAGCUAGGAGCCUAUGAGGUUCAUACUAAUAUUGGUGGAUAUGGCCUCGUGGGUAUUCUCAGAAACGGUGUUGGGAAGUCAAUUCUUCUGCGCGCCGACAUGGAUGCACUUCCAGUCAAGGAACUGACUGGUCUGCCCUAUGCUAGUUCAGUGACUAUGCUUGAUGCCGAUGGUGUUGAAAAGCCGGUAAUGCAUGCAUGUGGACAUGAUAUGCACGUUACCUGUCUUCUGGCAGCUGCAGAAGUCAUGGCGCACGCACAGGAUGCGUGGAGCGGGACGUUGAUCGUGCUUUUCCAGCCAAAUGAAGAGCGGGGUGGUGGUGCGCAGGCGAUGGUUGACGAUGGACUUUAUUCAAAGAUCCCCACGCCCGAUUACGUUUUUGGCCAGCAUGUCAUGCGAAUGCGUGCGGGCAGCGUUGGUUCCCGACCUGGUACGAUCAUGGCAGCUGCUGAUAGCUUGAAGAUCACUCUAUACGGCCGUGGGGGCCAUGGUUCAAUGCCACAUCAGACGGUCGAUCCUGUACUACUUGCUGCACAUAUUGUUGUUAGACUGCAGGAUAUUGUGAGUCGAGAGGUGGAUCCAAGUGAUCUCGCUGUCUUGACGGUGGGAAGUCUGCAGGCUGGACAGACUGAAAACAUCAUCGCGGACAGGGCCGAAAUCGGUGUUGAUUUCAGGACUGUCACAUUAGAGACUCGACAGAAAAUUUUGUCUUCAAUUCAACGGAUCGUUGAGGCCGAGUGCAUUGCUAGUGGCUCCCCGAAACCACCAUUGUUCGCGCCAACGAGGCGCUUUCCGCCCACUUUGAACGAUCAACAGGCAGCCUUACAGCUGGCUGAAUCGUUUGGAGAUUAUUUUGAAGACUUUGAUGGCGAUACUCCACGGACCAAUGUCAGUGAAGAUUUUUCGACACUCGGGACUUCUCAUGGACUUCCAUGCUCGUUUUGGUUUAUUGGAGGGAUUGACCCCAAACUUUGGGAUAAGGCCGAAAGGGGUGAAGCUCCCAAGGAAGAGAUUGCCGGGAAUCACUCGGCUCUUUUUGCACCUGUAAUUCAGCCAACGUUGAAAACCGGCAUGGAUGCGUUGUGUGUCGCAGCUUUGACAUUUUUGAAAAAAUAG